CAUUCUGCCAGUUGAGGGAAUAUUAAAAUGAGCAGAGAUAUCUCAAAAGAGGAGGUUAAGGAACUGGAGAUCUGUCCCAUCUGGGCCUUUAACAACCUGUGUCAUCUUGGGCCUCAGUUUCCCCGCUCAGAACAAAUGACUUCUCAGGUCCCUUAUCUCUGAGCACCUUCCAAAGUCUCAGUCGUCUAGUCAGCUGGCCUGCCUUCUCCUUCCAUUAUGGAUCUUGAACCUGGCUCCGGCCGCCCAGCGGGCUCAGGCCCAGAGCCCAGAGCAACCAGCACAAUAGCGUCCAACAGCUGGAAUGCCAGCAGCAGCCCCGGGGAGGCCCGGGAGGAUGGGCCUGAGGGCCUGGACAAGGGGCUGGACAACGACGCGGAGGGCGUGUGGAGCCCCGACAUCGAGCAGAGCUUCCAGGAGGCCCUGGCCAUCUACCCGCCCUGCGGCCGCCGCAAGAUCAUCCUGUCGGACGAGGGCAAGAUGUACGGUCGAAAUGAGUUGAUUGCACGCUACAUUAAAUUGAGGACGGGGAAGACGCGGACGAGAAAACAGGUGUCCAGCCACAUACAGGUUCUAGCUCGGAAGAAGGUGCGGGAAUACCAGGUUGGCAUCAAGGCCAUGAACCUGGACCAGGUCUCCAAGGACAAAGCCCUCCAGAGCAUGGCAUCCAUGUCAUCCGCCCAGAUCGUCUCAGCCAGUGUCCUCCAGAACAAGUUCAGCCCUCCCUCCCCUCUGCCCCAGGCCGUCUUCUCCACUUCCUCCCGGUUCUGGAGCAGCCCCCCUCUCCUGGGACAGCAGCCUGGACCCUCUCAGGACAUCAAGCCCUUUGCACAACCAGCCUACCCCAUCCAGCCGCCCCUGCCGCCAACGCUCAGCAGUUACGAGCCCCUGACCCCGCUCCCCCCAGCUGCUGCCUCUGUGCCCGUGUGGCAGGACCGCACCAUCGCUUCCUCCCGGCUGCGGCUCCUCGAGUACUCUGCCUUCAUGGAGGUGCAGCGAGACCCCGACACGUACAGCAAACACCUAUUUGUGCACAUCGGCCAGACGAACCCUGCCUUUUCGGACCCGCCUCUGGAGGCCGUCGACGUGCGUCAGAUCUAUGACAAGUUCCCAGAGAAGAAGGGGGGACUGAAGGAACUCUAUGAGAAAGGGCCCCCUAAUGCCUUCUUCCUUGUCAAGUUCUGGGCCGACCUCAACAGCACCAUCCAGGAGGGCCCGGGAGCCUUCUAUGGGGUCAGCUCCCAGUACAGCUCGGCCGACAGCAUGACCAUCAGCGUCUCCACCAAGGUGUGCUCCUUUGGCAAGCAAGUGGUGGAGAAGGUGGAGACGGAGUACGCCAGGCUGGAGAACGGGCGUUUCGUGUACCGCAUCCACCGCUCCCCCAUGUGCGAGUACAUGAUCAACUUCAUCCACAAGCUGAAGCACAUGCCGGAGAAGUACAUGAUGAACAGCGUCCUGGAGAACUUCACCAUCCUGCAGGUGGUCACGAGCCGGGACUCCCAGGAGACCCUGCUUGUCAUUGCUUUCGUCUUCGAAGUCUCCACCAGCGAGCACGGGGCCCAGCACCAUGUCUACAAGCUCGUCAAAGACUAGGCUGCCCUCUGCCCCCCCACCCCACCAGGAUCCAGGACAAGCAUCUGUUCCACACACCUGCCUGGCCCCCCCCCUGGAAGUCUGGGAUUGAGGACUCCCCGCCUGCCAGGCCUCAGGCCCAGGACCCAGGAGGCCUCCCCACCCACCCCCAGCACACACGCCUCCUGCCACUGUUCUGCGCUUUAAUUGUGGGAGGGGAGAGGGGGGCUCAGUGGUGGGGCAGCCCACCUGUGAUGCUGAACUUCGCACAGCUCUGCCCGGCCUCCGGUGAAUGGGAGGACCCCUCUGGGCUCAGGCACGUGUGGCCGGCAGGGGAGGGUGGGACGGAGACCGAGGGAGUCAGACUGCAGAGGCCCCAGGAAGGAGAGUGUCGAGUAGGGGUUAAAGUUGAGAAGAGAGAGGGCCCCACGCUUUCUUGCACCUGCUGUGUGCCAGGCCCGGUGCUAGGCCCAUGCGUACCCAGUGCCAUUCUCAGACUGUGUGAGGCGAGCGUGGGUCGUGGGUCUCGGUGUCUCAUGAUGUGCUGAGACUUAAACUUGAGCCACCCGAGCAGGGUGGGAGCAGAGUUGGAAUUCUCCCCCGGGGCUGCCUGUCCCCAGAACCCAGGUUUACACUACCUCCCUGGAGGGGGUGGGAAAGAGGGUCUGUACUGGGGGCUGGGGCCAGCCAGGUUGGGAGCCCCCUCCCAGGGAGCAGCUGCUUCUGGCCAGAAAGGAAAAGAGGAGCAGCGGGUACUUGGCACCUGUUAGGUGCCCUCUGUAGGUCCCUGUGCUGACCUCCCCCAAGCUGCCGUGGCCCAGGUCCAGUGCCUGAGCCCAGGUCCAGCUGCCUGAAGUCGGCAGCUUCCUGAUGGGAGAAGGCCCCCCGGGGGCAGUCUCCAAAAUAGCUUGGAGGGUCAGGUAGGAAGAUGGGAGUCCCAGCCUCUGGGCAGACCGGUGUCCCGGGGACAAAGGGUAGCAGAAAGGCUUUGGUAUUUUCUAAAGCCCAAGACUUGGGUUUGGUGAACCCUCGGUGGGCGGCACUCCCUUAUGUUUUUCUCCAUCUCAGUCUCCCAGGCCUGGGACAGCAGCCCCCCAGAAUCAGUUCUGGGACCGAAGGUUAACCCUUCCCCUGCUGGCCCUUCCCAACACCCAGGCCCCUCCGCCAGCUUGGCCUGUCUACCAGCCGCCUCUGGGCAUCCAUGAGUUUCAUAUGAAGUACUGUGCCCCUUCCCUUCCUUACACCGCCCGCCCGAGCUUCCUGAAGGUCCUCACAAUUUGCAUAUCGCUCAGGCCACUUCCAAACCCAACCUAGGUUUUAUAAUGUAUAUUAUAUUUUUUUGUGUAUUUUUUAAAUCCAGCUGUGAUGGGUUAUAUCAUAAACGUGGGGUGGGGGCAGGGGCCCUCAAGGCCCAGCCACUGUUUCCCCCCCCCCGCCAAAAAAAAAUUAAAGUUA